AUGUCUGCUGAAAACGAAUUUGAGACGGAACAACUGCAAUAUCAGGUUCAGGUAAAGUACUAUUAUUUUUGGAACAUUUUGUUUAGAACGCACCAUACACUGAGGAAACUCCUGUUUUCAUAGAACCAAAUCGAUCUCAAUCUGUGUAAGUAUGCCUAAAUUCAGUACCUUACUUGAUUAUAUUAUUUUAGUCAAUUCCGAUCUCCAAGUCAAUUCUUUCAACCUUCAACCUCUGCAAACUAUUCUGUAAGGAAAGGCACGACGUUUGAAGCAUGUGUAAGUUAUAUUACAUAUUUUAUUCUCUCUUUAGGAGAUAAAGUCUACAGUUCUCAAGCCUUCUCAAUCGUACUAUCAACUUGCAAGAAAUUCCACGAGCAAGUCGACUUCAAUCCUUGGUGGUCCGUUGAAUCCACAACCAAAGAAAAGGUAGGACCUCUUACAGAUUUUAGGUAACGUUUUUUCAGCAAAAAGGGUUCAGGAAAAAGGAAGAAUUGUAAUUGCACCAAGUCUCAGUGCCUAAAAUUAUAUUGCGAUUGCUUUGCAAAUGGAGAAUUCUGUUUGGAUUGUAAUUGUAAAGACUGUCAUAAUAACCUUGAGCACGAAUCUGAACGGAGUAAAGCUAUCAAGAGCUCGCUGGAUCGGAAUCCUCAUGCAUUCAAACCAAAAAUUGGUAAGUAGUGGAGUAUAAUAUCGAAUUUCGGGUUUAGGUGUUGCUGCCAAGGUUGGGAAAGCUGCCGAUUUGGAGAGAUUACACCAAAAAGGAUGUAAUUGUAAGAAAUCAAAUUGCCUGAAGAACUACUGCGAAUGUUAUGAGGUAUGCAUUAAAAAAUCUAAUUCCUAUAUAUUUUUUAGGCUAAAGUCCCUUGCACUGAGAGAUGUAAAUGUAACUCGUGUAAGAACACAGAACAUGAUCGAGCACUCCGUUUCCGAGAAAAGUUCAGUGCCGCAGGACUUGCUCAAUUAGCGGCCGCUGCAGCCAAUGAUAAUCGGGGAGACAGCCCGAGUGAUGAUGAUUCUGAUGGUGACAACGACGCCAACGAUCCCAAAGGACAGCCUUGGUUUUACAUGACCGACGAUGUAAUUGAAGCGACCACAAUGUGCUUGGUCUCAUAUGCACAAGAAAUGGAAAAUACGAUAACACAAAAAUCCGAGGAAGACAUCAAAGAAGAAAUGGAGAGGGGAAUCCUCAUUGAGUUCUCACGAUGCAUCGGACAGAUCGUAGAGAGCGCCAAAGGCGGACACAAGACUGUCAAUCUAUAA